CUCUCCAUACUGCACAGGCGGGCGGGCUGCGAGCGGCAAUAACAUCGCAAGGCGCUGCGUGAGGACAAACGCAGUCUCAUUGGAAUGAGGUGUUACGGGAAUCCCCUCCAAGUCCUCCUCCACAGGCUGAAAUCUUGAGAAGGAAAAGGCUGCAGCAUCAGCUUCGCGGACUUAAGAAAAACUUCAAUAAGAGUAGAGGAUCCUGGAGAACACUCCCAUCUCAUACCGCACAUAUCUGUUCAUCACCGAGCUGAGAGGACGUUGACAGGAUCGUCAAACAGACAACAGUGGGAAAGUACAAAGGGAGGUGGCUGUAAAAGCGACUGAGAAGAGCCCAGAGACAGAGGGUGUGCACGGGGUGAGGAGGAGAGGAUGGAGGCCCUGGUUUCUGUGCUGAAGCGUCACCCAGGCCUGUCAGUGCUGGUGUUCUCCCUGAUUUUCAGAGUGACCCACAGGUUGCUGCAAAGGCUGCAUGUGCCCAAAGUGGUGAAGCAGGAUGACUUUCGCUCCUGGAAGUGGAGGAACCUCUCUGUGUCUAUGGUGCACUCCCUGCUGACUGGGCCAUGGGCCGUGAUCUGUGCAUGGGCUGCGCCAGAGAUGUUGAGCAACAUUCACUCUCACCACACCCCUCUGUCCUACCUGCUCGUCUGCAUCUCAACAGGAUACUUUGUGCAGGAUGCAGCUGAUAUUAUCCUGACAGGACAUGGCCCAUCAUCAUGGGAAUUCUUACUUCAUCAUGCACUGGUGAUCUCGAGUUUCCUGUACACCCUCUACACUGAGCUGUAUGUAGCCGGCGCCGUGAUCGCUCUCUUUGUGGAGGUCAACAGUGUCACCCUCCACCUGAGACUGUUGCUGAAACUGGCGAUGGCCCACUCUUCCUCCUUGUACUACAUCAACAAAUUCGCCAACAUCCUCACCUACGUCACGUUUCGUCUGAGUGCCCAGUUCUACCUCACCUGGUACAUCGUCCACAACUACUCCUGGCUGGACCACGGCUUAUUCUUCCUCAUCUGCCUGAUGGUGAUGAAUAUUAUGAUCCUGAUUUAUUUCUAUCGCCUGAUCCGUGCUGACUUCUUUCCCCGGAGUCAGAAAUCUGUGGGACAGAACGGGAUGCAAAACAGCAACUCCAAAAGGUUUCCCUUUGAUUGACUGGGGAAGGUCUACAGAACUAUACUGUGUUUAUAUUCAGAGUGGGAGUUUACACAUUUUGUCCAACUGACACCAUUCCUCUUGACGACUGGGUCCUUGGUUGUGUAUUACUACCAAAGGAAACUCCUCCCUAAAACAACUUUUGAUGGAACAAGAUGAAGUCUUGUUCUGAAAUGUUGGGAAGUCAGAAAUUUGGCGUUUCACAGGAAAAAAAACACAAUGCAACACCACUUUAACUGAAGCCAACAUUCUGGGAUAAACUCUUGUGACAUCUCUCAUGCCUUUGAUAUGUUACCACUGUUACUUUACAUUUGAAACAGAUUUUCAGUGUCAUGUGUUGUGUAAAGGAAUAGGUCAACAUUUGGGGAAAUAGUCCAUGUAUAGGUGAUUUGUAAUACCACUCUUAUGUCUCUAAUGUAAAUAUGAAGCUACAGUCAGCAGCCCAUGAGCAUAGCUUAGCACAAAGACUGGAAACAGAGGAAAACAACUAGCCUUAAUCUGCAGAUCCUGUAAAACCACAGCUUUAUUUUCCACACUUAGGUUUUAGCCAGAUUAUCACAAUCAAGUAAUAACAGUGAUCUUAAGAGGUGCUGACAGGUGUUAGCCCAGCUAGCUGUUUCCUCGUUUCCAGUCUUUUUGCUAAGCUAGGCAGGCUAACCACUGUUUUAGCUUCAGUUUACUGAUACGUAAGUGGCAUCAAUCUCUGCAAGAAAGCAAAUAAGCAUGAAGGCUCAUUUAAACUCCCUUGACAUAUGAAAUUAUGUUAAUUUCAAAUGUCGUAACCGUCACUGUCCACAUACUACCAUGAGUCCUUUAUGUUAGCACAGAUACAGCCACUAGAUGGCACCAGAGGGCAAAGUCAAAGGUCUCUGUCAACGGUGGAGGAGGUCAUAAUAACAUACCUUUCAACAGAGGCAGCAUUGUAGUCGGCACUGCUCUGUGAGUCCGUUAAAUGCAUUGCGGUAUGUGGACACAGAAUCGUUUCAUUAUAUCACCAGUUUGUUCCAUUCUGCCAUAUUUAACCUUCUGCAACCCUGCAUCCCCAUAUGAGGACAUUACAUUUUGGGAUUGCUCCACAAGUUAGACAUGUUGUCCUUGUAUGUCGACAGUUUUAUGUGCCAUCUAGUGGUAGCCAGAGCAUAAUACGUUAAUCCAUUUAAAAUCAAGGUUACAGCCAUCUCUGCCAAGUCAAUCUACAGCAGAUCCUGACACAAUAGUAGUGCCAAACCUGAUCAAAUGUUAUUGUUGAAACUUGUUUGUAAGAUGCUGUUAAUCAAAAAGUAACUGUUUUGUUUGAAGACACGGGUGUCGUUGUGUCCUACAGUCGUGCCACACUUGAACAGCACUAUGCUGCCCCCAUGAUUACUGGUGGCACUGCUCUGUUUCAUCCAUAUGCGUAAGCUUACAGAAAACGUGAACGCAGAGUACUGACAGGAGGCUGCAUCCAUGUCCGUAUUUGUAUCUACUGUAGAGCAUAAAUAAGCCUUAAUUCCCAAAUGCGUCAAACUAUUCCUUUAACCCAUCAAAAAACCUGUGUGAUAGAUACUUCAACACAUACAUUUGAAAUGUGGAAUUGCAUUAUGCUGUUGCUAACAGCCUUAGCAGACACCCUAGCUAUAUGUUGCCGUAUCUUUAACAUUUGCAUGGAGAACAGCGUUUGUAUGUAUAUCCUUGCCUGUGUGAACAGCUGACGUUUUCUGACAUUGGACUUAAAAUUUCAGCAGCAACAGACUCACAUAUGAAUUAACGUGUGUGUACAGUGCACUCUCUCCUCUCUCUGUGUCUCUAUAAUGCUAGUUGGAGUUGGUAAGUUGGCAGGUACACAGGAGAAUUUAUGGUCCUUUUAUGGUUCUGGCAUGAAAUCUGUUGGUGUUUGACACAGGUGGAGCUGAAGCUGGAUCUUCCUGCCGUUUAACAGUCUGAUAAUUGAGCUCAUCAGCAGGUGGACACCCUGAGAAACCCUUUAUAAAGAGCAGACAGCAGCACAAUCAAUACUGAUAUUGAUUAUCACCUGUAGUUAGACUUGAUGUAGAGCAAUAGAGGAAUAUCCCCAUGGUGUUUUUUGCUUGUUUCUAUUGUACAUUUGCAGAAUAGAUCCCUUUUUAAAAGUAUCUUCCCCUUCCUCUCUUUCUCCAAACAUGAACACACAGAGUUUUUGUAAAUACUCAAAUGUGCAUUCCUUUUUGAUACAUUUUAAUUGUUAAUACUUAAGUAAACACCACCACUUGACCAAAAAUGCUAAUUUCCUCAACAUGCCAUAAAUCAUACAUGCUGACAGUGUCUUUUGUAAACCUAACAUUUCAUUUUCUAUUUCAGCCACACAAAAAAAGAAAAAAGAAAUGGAAAGAGGUCAGAAGUGUCAGAUCUGUGUUGCAGUGAAUUUACCACAGUGCCUUUUCAAAAAGAGUAAAGCACAGAUAAGGAUAAUGUAUGACUAUGAAGUAGAGAUAUAAUGCAGACUGAUGUGUGUAUGCUUUUGUGAAAGGUGGGUCAAAUUUUUGAGACAAACAUACAGUAAAUUAAUUUGACUGUGACUGUUUUUUAGGAGCCCCAUAUUUUGGAUGAUUGCGUGAUCCCACAAAUUAAAAAAAAGUAUUAAAAAUCA